GAACAUAUUCUGGAUUGGAUCUGACGGAGCAAGUGACAAUGUAGCGGAGUCUGGCUUUCGCGUCGGAGUUGGAAAAUAUUGCAUCAAAUUAUACAAACUUUUAUGUAUUUUUAUAUUUCACAUAUAUUUGUGAUGAGUAGGUUAUGUGUUUACUGGACAUAAGAGGAGUACUAAGAUUCGCUUUCUGUGGGAGACUGACUCAAAAUUACUUUCCUUGAGUUAUUGGAAGGCUCCGAUUACUUUUGCUUGGACCUUGGAGGGCUCUCUGAAAAACUGCCACCUUGACAUGUAUUCCCGUUUUCUAACAUGCAACAACAACACUGUAUAAGGUUCUGGCCUGCUGGUUCAUGCGGCUCCGCCCCAGCCUUCUCUGUGCUCUGACCAUAACACCCGCCGGGGCCCUCAAGCACAUAACUGGUAGCUCCACACAACUCCAACCCCUGACACACUCUGUACAAUAAAAUAUUUAGCAAAUAAAGACCGAAAGAAAGUUGAACAGGAAAUUUAAGCAGCAAAAGAGAUUUUCCGUCUCUCAGGCCUCCCUUGACUUGGCAUCCAUAACCGGACUGGGAGUUGAGACAGCUGAUUUGAGGCUGUGAGUGUCCUCCGCUCUACUGCUUCACAUUCCCUCACCUGUCAGCUGUGAGUGUUUCUGUGAGGACAGUAACUCUGAGGUAGGUUGAUGCGGCUGUGCCUUAGCAUGGUGCUGUGAGGAAGCCGCUGCCUGGACUCUGGACGGACACCAGUGAAGCGCUUACACACCUUGGACCGUCAUGGGGAAGGAGCAGGACCUACUGCAGGCCGUCAAGAGCGGAGACCUGCCCUCCACUCAGAAACUACUGGCCAAGCUCAAAGCCAGCCGAAACAAGUUGUUGGGCUCCACGAAGAGACUGAACGUCAACUACCAGGAUGGAGAUGGGUUCUCAGCUCUCCACCAUGCUGCUCUGACCGGAACUACAGACCUGCUGUCUGUGCUGCUGGAGGCCCAGGCCACCGUGGACAUCAAGGACAGGAACGGUAUGCGUCCACUCCACUAUGCAGCAUGGCAGGGCAAGGCUGACUCUGUCCUUAUGCUGCUGCGGGCCGGAGCUGGAGUCAAUGGGGUCUCACAGGAUGGUCACAUCCCCCUGCACCUGGCCGCACAGUAUGGACACUAUGACGUGUCUGAGAUGCUGCUGCAGCACCAGUCCAACCCCUGUCUGAUCAACAAAACCAAGAAGACCCCCCUAGACCUGGCCUGUGAGUUCGGGAGAGUCAAGGUUGCUCAGCUGUUGUUGAGCAGUAACAUGGUGGUGGCUCUGUUAGAGGGUAAUAGUAAGGAACCUGUAGACUCAGGCUUCAACACUCCGCUGCACCUCGCCGCACGCAACGGACACAAGGACAUCAUCCGGUUGCUGCUGAAAGCGGGCAUCGACAUCAACAGGGCCACUAAGGCUGGCACUGCCCUGCACGAGGCUGCCCUCUACGGCAAGACGGAGGUGGUCAGACAGCUGCUAGAGGCUGGUAUAGACGUGAACAUCCGUAACACGUACAACCAGACAGCCCUGGACAUCGUGAACCAGUUCACCACCUCUCACGCCAGCAAGGACAUCAAGCAGCUCCUACGAGAUGCUACAGGUGUCCUGCAGGUGAGAGCUCUGAAAGACUACUGGAACAUCCACGACCCCACCGCUCUCAACAUCCGGGCCGGGGAUAUCAUCAUGGUCCUAGAGCAGCACAUGGACGGGCGCUGGAAGGGGCACAUCCACGACAGCCAGAGGGGCACCGACCGGGUGGGCUACUUCCCCCCAAACAUUGUAGAGGUCAUCAGCAGACGCUCAGGGGGCACCCUGUCCCGGCACGCCUCUCUGCCCACCCAGCGCCACCAGCUCCUCUCCAGAGCCCCCCUCUCCUCCAGCCUGAGCUCAGCCCCCCAGACCGACGACUCCUACACACUGUACACCCCCAACAAUCCCCACCUGGCCCUCCCCCACGCCAUCGGCCUCAGCGCCAACCCAGGUCGGCCUCCCAGCAGCUUCUCUCAGCCUGGUUGUCCCCUGGAGGACAUCUGGGUGCUCAGGAACUCACACACCGCGGCAGGUGACAGGAACAGUGUAGGGAGUACGGGCAGUGUGGGCAGCACCCGUAGUGCUGGGAGUGGACAGAGCACAGAGAGUAACACUGCCCCCAACGGACAACACCAGCAGACCACCGCACUCCCAGACACAGCCAAACCAGCGCCCUCUGCUGGUGACUCAGGGCAACCAGUCCCCAAUAAACAGCCUGACCUGACUGCAGUGGUUCUGGGUGCUCCUCGGAGGCCGAUGGUGAACAUACAGAGACCAGGGGAACAGCAGUUUGUCUCCCCACAGUUUGUACGUCCUCAGCAGCUACUGGAGGGCAAGGAUGCAGAGGCCAUCUACCAGUGGCUGAGUGACUUCCAGUUGGAGCAGUACACUGGGAACUUCAUCACGGCCGGCUACGACGUCCCCACCAUCAGCAGGAUGACCCCAGAGGACCUGACGGCCAUCGGCGUCACCAAGCCAGGCCACCGCAAGAAGAUCUCAAUCGAGAUAGGAAACCUCAGCAUCCCAGAGUGGCUGCCUGAAUACAUGCCGGCAGACCUGGGGGAGUGGCUGAGUACCAUAGGCCUGCCUCAGUACCAAAGGAAGCUGUCAGAGAACGGCUAUGACUCCAUCAGCAUCGUACGGGACCUGACCUGGGAGGACCUGCAGGAGAUAGGCAUCACCAAGCUGGGCCACCAGAAGAAGAUGAUGCUGGCCGUGAAGAAGCUGUGUGACAUCCAGAGGGCCAUCCUAGCUGCAGAAUCUGGCCAGGGCACGUUGCGCCGCAAGCCCCCUGGAGCCCUUCACCUGGUCACCAUCGAGCCCCCUGACAGCGCCUCCGACUGCCCCUCGCCCCACACCCUCAAGAUGCUGACCUUCCAGGACAGCGAGCUGAGCGCUGAGCUGCAGACAGCCAUGUCCAGCCACUACCAGGAGGGCCUGGCCAUCAAGAGUGCCGUGGGCAUGUCUCGGAGCCAAGAGAGCAUCGACGCCCGGUCCAGGGGCUCAGGGCGCUCCCAGGACCCACCCACGGCCUCCAUCACUCCCCACAGCCGCUCACAGGAGAGCCUAGGCAGCUGCAGCACCUCCACCAGCCUUAGUGCUGACAGCAGCCCUGCCAAGGAGAGGAAUAUUCCAGAAGGCUGGGACCAGAGGUCCAUACUACAGCAACAGCUGCCCAAGCAGGUCCCCCUGGGGGCAGCCACUGUGUUCAAGUACCCAGCCAUCCCAGCCAAGCCUAAAGGCCCUGGGUCUCACUCCCUAGGCUCCUCUCCCCAGGGCUCCCCGGCCCAGAGGGGCUUCAGCUACCUCCACUCCCACUGUGGCAGCACCGACCUGGGCCACGGCUCGCCCACCAAGCCCUUGGCACACACAUACCACGCCAUGACCCUGGCCCCGCCUAAGAAGCGCAGCCAGAGCCUGACACGCUAUGCCCUGUCAGACGGCGAACCAGACGAAGAGGAUGACGACCUGGCUCCGCCCUCUAGCACCCUAGAGUCCUACGCCACCCUGACCCGCCGGCCUGGACGCAGCCAGCUGGCAGGCAUGCAGACCACACCCGUAAAGUACGGCACUGUGGGGCGUAGCCAGUCCUUUGCCGUGCGCGCUCGUAAAAAGGGUCCCCCUCCAGCCCCACCCAAGAGACUGAGCUCGGUGAGCAGCAGCCCCAGCGUUGGGUCCAUGGAGAAUAUGGCGCCCUCUCCUGGGGGGGUGGAGACAGACAGCCCAGGGAGCGUGAGGAGCAUCGCAGCCUGUCUGGAGGCCUCCACUGAGGGGAAGAGCCUGUCCAGGCCCAGGCUGGACCUCCUCCAACCAGAGCCUCUCCUCCCCAGCCUCACCCCCUCAGGACUGGAGCCCAGAGAGGCCUCCGCAGGGAUGAGGAGGAGGGUGCAGAGUGAAUGUGUUCCAGCCCAGACCGACAUCCCAGACCAUGACCCAGAGCGAGGGGUGAAAUCAGACUCUGAGGAGGAGGAACCUAAGGGACCGGGGUUGGAUGGCUCCUCAUCCCCUCACAAUAGCUCCAGCGAGUGUAUCCCCUUCGCUGAGGAGGGCAACCUCACCAUCAAGCAGAGGCCCAAGGUGGGAGGGCCGCCCAGGGCCGAGAGCACUGUGGAGAUCCCGGCAGACAAGAACCGGCCCACCAAGACAGCCCUGGAGGUGCCUGAGUUUAACCUGAAGGAGUCAGACACUGUGAAGCGGAGAUACAAGCCUAAAGACCAUGCUGGCAGCUCUCCCACCAGUGACAGUGAGGGCCAGAUAGAGUCAGACUCCAGUCCAGGCAGCAGGGCCCAGUCCCAGAGCUGUGAGGAGGUGAGUCUGGUCAGUCUGAGGAUCAGUGAGGCCAGUCUGGAGGGGCUGGAGAACCUAGCAGGGACAGGCACACCCCUCAAACCCCCCGUCUCCCCCAAGCCUCACAGCUCCCACGGACCCCCCGUCACAGCCCCAAAACCGUCCCGACACAGUCUGGCUGCUGCUACAGCCAUAGUGCCGCCCACUAUGACUGUCAACGUGGUACAGAGUCUUGCCUUCUCAGCCCCACCAUCACCCACACCCAGCCGGUGUCCCCCAGUCCUAGGGCUUCAGAGCCAGCCAGCCCAGACAGGCAAGCCCCAGAUCUGUGUGGUCGGCCCAGGCCCAGGGGUAGAGUCUGGCCCGGGGUUAGAGGUGGUGCAGCAGCAGAGGCUGGAGCAGACCAGCACCUCUCUGGAGGCAGCACUGCAGGCUGUGGAGAGAAAACUCACCCAGGAGGACAGCACUGACGGUGGGGCUAACACAGUGAAGUCAGCGGGCAACAUUCUGGAUGACAUUGGCAACAUGUUUGAUGACCUUGCUGACCAGCUGGAUGCCAUGCUGGACUAAGCCCUCUAUCCACUCCACUGACCAGCCCACUGACCCUUGACCCUUCACCUCAGGAAGUACUAAUGACAUUCAGAGGGAGAAUGGAGCAGGUCACCCCACCUAAGUGGUAUCUCCGACCCCGUCGCCCCUAAAACUACAGACCAACCCCCACCACCAGACUAACAGAAAACAUAUAGGACUACAUUGUAGGAUGUGCCAUGGACUGGGAUGGUUUUAAUGAACAGUGUGUAUCCAUCUCCCUCCUCCCUGCCUCCAUGUUGCCACUUCCUCUCCUUUCAACACCAGCACUUAACUCUGCUCUACAGUGCAUUGCCAUCAGUCACAACAACCCUGUUGGUUUCAACACAGGGCCUGACUGACUGACUGUAGAUACAUGAGGGGUGGACAACAUACUGUACCAGUACACCGUUGUAUUGGGUUGUUUCAUAUAACACAAGUUAAACUGUGUUGUCCUUUUUAUUCUACCCAACAUCCUCUAUUUCUUCGUCUUGUUGGUGUGCCUUUCUUCCCCUCUUUCUCACAGUAUCCACCUCUGUGUAAAGUCAUUGUUUGGCCACUGUAGCAGUAGAGAGAGAGAGACAAUGGGGAGAAGUGGUGUUUUUAUACUGGCCUAUAGAGGAACCAUUCCUAGACAGAAUAUUACCAUACAAUACCAUUUGUAUUAGACGCUGUAUCUGUAAUUUGACCUUUGUAUUUCACUAUGUCUGACCAUUUCAAUUGGACCUUGUUGAUAUUUUCAAUACUCUUGUAUUUUAUCAAUUUUAUACCGAGUUGACCACAAUGAAAGUGUGUUUGUGUCUUCCUCAAGGCAUGGUGCCAGUACGUUUGUGCUGUUAAAAUCUUUAGUAAUCAUUCUUUAGUAAUACAGAAUGACUAGAUGCUAUAUCAUUUCUGGUUUUAUGAAGCUAUGUAAAACAUGUAAAAGUGCUGGAUGAUAUUGUUUAAACAAAAGGGAAGAAGACCUUUGCAUUUCAAAGCAUAUUUAGCUAUUGUCACUGUCCACACUGUCAAUAUAAGGAGUUAUACAUGCUUUGUACAGCCGAGGAUGACAUGCAAGAUAUUAAUAAUGUACACUAUUUUUGAAAGAAAAAACAACAACAUUUUAAUGUAGAUUAGUCCAACUAGUAUUUAAAUUAGAGUAUCUAAAUAUGUAUAUUGUAUACUUAUAGGUAUAUCUGGGAGCAGAAUCAUAUUCAACCAAAGUUCUUUGUACAGAUUUUCCUUUGAUAUUUUCAAUAUUUCCAUAAAAUGCAGAACCAUUGUUAAGGGGUUCUGGUCUUCCUUAUUGUAACAUGAAUGAAAUGAAUUAUCUACAUGGUUAUUAAAAAUAGUUUUUUUCCCUGUCCACCCAGCAUUAUAUGGCUAUGUUCCAUAUUUGGGCAUGCUACCGUACUUCUAGCAGAGAGAAUGAACUCUUCUAUGCUGUGUUUCUGUCUUCCUCAUCAACUUUCAAAUCAUUAACCCUGACUUGUAUGAUUGUGUCGUGUCCUCUGUACUGUAAAUGUUAGUGUUGUUUCAGUGUGAAUGUGAUCCCUGGCUGUAACCUGGGUUUCAUCUCUGUCGUUCUCAGGAAUGUCCCACCUAUUCAGUUCAAGCUGCUCUCACAUUAAACACGCACACCUGGCUUUGUUAUAGGAGGAGGAACCGUGGUUUUGAAGAGGUGAGGUGAAGGAGAGCCUUGCGUGAAUGUGAAAGAGGCACCAUAUUUAAGAUGGGUCUGUGGAUAUAUGUUAUUCUGUUUUUUCAUCCAGCUGAAUCUUCAUUUGGUUACAGUUAACCAUUAAAUAUUCAAGUCUGA